ACUGCUACCCUGCUGCUACCCUGCACCCACGCCCACACCUACUGGCAGAGACACGGCCGCCAUGUCGGAAAAACGCCUUGUUGAUGCAGGGCCCGGUACCCGAGCUCGAGAGCGCGUGGCUCCGCGAAUCAUCAUUCACGGUGGCGCAGGCAACAUCACUCGUACGUCUGUGCCGCGCGAUCGCUAUGACGAAUAUCGAGCCUCGCUUCUCCGCAUUGUCGAUCAAGCGGCCAGCCAGCUCGCCGAGUCAGGGGCAACCGCCCUCGACGUUGCGACGUACGCCGUGAGUCUAUUGGAAGACGAUCCCUUGUACAACUCUGCCAAGGGCGCCGUGUUUACCCGAGACGGCAGCAACGAGCUCGAAUGCAGCAUCAUGGUUUCAGACGGCUACAGGAAACGUGGCGUGGGCUGCAUGCUGCUGAGACAUGUCAAGAACCCCAUCAAACUCGCCCGCGAGCUGCUCGUCAGGGGCGAGCCCGUCGAUGGCGGCCGCGCGGGUGACCAUUGCCAGUACAGCGGCCAGUUUGUAGAGCGCCUUGCCCAAGAGUGGGGCCUCGACAUGGUCCAUCAGAGCUACUUCUUCACGCAAAAGAGGUGGGAUGAGCACCAGCGGGGCCUUGCCGAGCAAAAGCAACUAGACGUUGGAGGCGCACACUCACAAUCAGACACGACGAGCGAAUGGGAGAAACAGAAUUAUAUCCCGCUUGGUACCUGUGGCGCUGUCGUUGUCGACAGCUUUGGCACCGUGUGCACUGCUACAUCUACUGGAGGUCUGACAAACAAGGUAUCUGGGCGCAUUGGCGAUACUCCUACUAUUGGGGCCGGCUUCUGGGCAGAAGAGUGGCAUGCGGAGAGGGCCGCACCCGCGCAGAUGCACUACCACCCUAUCGUUUCGGCUGUGGCGCCAAUAGACAGGCUAUCCAGGGGCGACGUGUACGGCGCGCUUGGUGGCUGUCUGCCCAUGCUCAACUCUGUUGCCUCCCAGUCGACCCCACCUCCACAAAACCAGCCACACAAAGAACCUUUGCAAGUCCGCCACGCCGUAGGCCUCUCUGGAACUGGCAAUGGCGACUCCUUCCUUCGCACAUGUGCCGCUCGGACGACAGCAGCCAAGUCUCGAUUUACCUCAUGCUCUCUACGUCAUGCCACUGAAUGGAUGGCUGGACGUAAUGGUGAGCUCCAAAGAAGCGCCGGCGAUCGAUGGGACCGAGUCCAUGAGGGUGUGGGAGGAAUUAUAGGCAUCCAAGUCGUUGGCGACAAGGUCGACGUUGUACAGGAUUAUAAUGGCGGCGGCAUGUUCCGGGCAUGGACCGACGAGGACGGGAGUCGAAAGUGCCUGAUCUUCAGAGAAGAUAGUUGGGAAAGCGGGCCGCUCGACUGGCGACACCUUUGA